AAUGAAAUGAACACAACUCUCCUUUUAUCUUCAGCCUUUCAUUAAACGACCAUUGACUCUCUCUAAUGACCUCAAACAUGAAAACUCCUCACGUCUUGAUCAUUGGAGGCGGACCCGGAGGAUUGACACUUGCACAAGCUCUACGCAAGCAGGGAGCAUCAUUCCAAGUGUUUGAGCGAGACUUAAACUAUGAUUCUCGUCAAGGAUGGGCCAUUUCCCUUCAUUGGAGUUUGAAUGAAUUGGCAUCUCAACUGCCAAGUGAUCUGGGCCCAUUUGAAGAAACGAGCGUCUUGAAAAUUCUCAACUUGCAAGAUGGAGGAUCUUUCUACGAUAGCGGAGGCAAUAAGUUAAUCACGGUCGGUAAUGGGCCCAAAGGACACGAUGAUUACAGUAUCCGUUGCAACCGAUCGAAACUUCGAGCCAUGAUGGCACAGCAUGUACAAAUCGAAAGGAACAAGAAAUUCGUUCGAUACGAGGAAACAAAAGAUGGAGUAACAGCAUUCUUCGAGGACGGCUCCUCUGCUUCAGGAGACAUACUAGUCGGUGCUGAUGGAGUACAUAGUCGAGUUCGCAGUCAGCUACUACGUGACAAUCCGGUAGACCCAACACCAUCUCCUUAUGGUAUCAUCACUGGACAAAUGGUUAUUACAAAAGAACAAUACCAGAAAGAGCUCGAAAAUGGACCUUCCUUCUACUCCACUCACAGUUCCAAAUCGCACAUCUUCGUAGGUCUCAAAAAUAUUUCGGAUGAUCUAGAGACCGCCAAUUACUACUGGAUGUACUUUUGGGGAGACAAGAAAGCUGCAGAACUUGGAAAAAAGUACUGGACUCAAGCCGCAACUUGCGAAGAAUUGCUCAAAUUGACCCAACUUGUUCGCAUGGCAACACCCGACACUAUCAUGUAUCCGCCUUUGCAAUUUUAUCAAUGGGCCCCGUACCAGGAACUACCCCCUGGGCGUGUGACGCUCCUCGGUGAUGCCGCUCAUCCGAUGAUGCCAUUUCGAGGCGAAGGCGCAAAUAAUGCACUGCUCGAUGCUGUACGCCUUGCUGGACAGAUUGGAAAGCACUUUGACAGUGGUGUUGUAGAUUGGGUUGCACUCGCGAAGCUCGACUAUGAGAAGGAAAUGCUACCUAGAGGCGCAGAUGCUGUUCUGAAAAGCAGCUUUAUUAGUGACGCACCUGCUGAAGAGUUCAGGAGACGUCAGCAAGAAAUGAUUGAGCGACUGAAACUUGGUUCAGUUACCAGCUCUAGAGAAGUCAUGUGA